AUUAUUAGAACCUCAAUCAGGAUGCUUUUCUAUAUCACAUGUGAGCAUGAAUAAAGUAAGAAAAGGAUUAUAAUAGUCUGCACGGGAUACCUAUAGUUUCAGCUGCUUUCUGAUAAUAUCAUUCAACUACUUUCUAUCAAAUCUUUUCAUUCUUCUUAAGCUUUCAAGUUGAUCUAUUGUUGAGCUGAUGGAUGGAGAAGCUAUGGAUACAAAUUGUCCCAGAAAGCUCGACUUCAAUUUGCCGCUCUUGUCCACUAGACGCCUCGGAGGUUCACCUCGUACAAGUUCUGUCAUCCUUUCACAGCAUUCGAGGAAUGGGAUCCCAUUCUGCUGGGAACAAACGCCUGGAAAACCAAAGAACACCGAGCAAAAUGAUGUCCAUGACGGAGACACGCCUCGUCCGAGGCUCCCGCCGUGCAGAUGGGAACCACCAGAGAAGAAAGGCGCAACUAUAAACAACGAUGAUGUCUACAAUCAUUGUCGGGAUGGUAGUUGCGAUGCAGAUAUUGAUGAUAGUAACGAUGAAGACGCAUAUGAUAUGUUUUCCGACGCGGUAGAAGUGCUAUCAUUAACGGAAGCAAUCGACAUUGUUCAGAAAGCUGAAGACGACGAGCACUCCGGAUUAGAUAGGUUAAAUUUAGAGCGUAUGAACUCUUCCGAUCAUAGCGAUCUUUCAAAUUACAUGAUCGAAAGAUUUCUUCCCGAUGCUACUGCAUUAGCUGCAUCAUCCGUAUUAUAUUCAUCGAAUAACAAUACGAACUAUAAGUUUCCGUAUCUUUGCAAAGAUUACGUCGAGGAAUAUGUUUCGCAAACAGUGGGACGAUCGUAUUCUUCCAAGUCUAUGAAGAAAGGGUGCGGUUUAGAAAUAUUGUUCCCAUGGCGGAUCAAGCACAAGCUAUGCGGAGUUAAGAGCCCUGUCCGGCAAGUCUCGCCGAAUGUGCAAUCAAUUUGUAUUACUACAGCAAAACAACAGAAACAUCAUUCAAAUCGCAGGGAUUCUACUAAUGUAAGUAAGAUUAAGAAAGACAUUUAAUUUGAUAGUAUAUAAAUUUCUAGUAUUCCGUGAUUUUGAUA